AGCAACGACCAACCGGUUAAGAAGUGGAACAGAAGAAAACAGCGGGAAUUUAUUGCUGCGAGUACUAUCCCUCCACUCUUAACAAAAUUCAGAACACGGCAGCCUCAAUUUAUCCAUUUCUGAAUAGUUAAUCCAACAAAAUGUCCUUUUCAACAACCCUUAAUCAUCCCCAUCACCAACUAUUAAUAAUAUUGCACCCUUUUCAUUUAAGUACCCCACAAAUUCCCAGUCAACGUUCCACCAUAUUGAAAAAAAUAUCUAAAUUCAAAAUCAAAACCAAACACUUCCUUCAAUUCCUCCUUCUCUUCUUCUUCUUCUUCUUCUUCUUCAAAUCAGUCGAGCUCCAAUGUAUCCGAAAUUAGGGUUAUUAUCAUUACUAGUUCCACUCAUUCUCUCUCUCGCCAGCACUGCACACUCCAAAUGCACCAGAGGCUGCGAUUUAGCAUUCGCCUCAUACUACGUCUGGCAAGAGGCAAAUACUUCCUUCAUAGCCGAGGUCAUGAAAUCAAGUAUUUUGGACUCGCCCGAUACCAUCGUGACAUACAACAGCGACCAAGUCUCUAACAAGGACAGUCUCCCAUCCUUCAUCAGGAUCAACCUCCCUUUCCCCUGCGGUUGCAUCGACGGUGAAUUCCUUGGCCACGUCUUCAACUACGACGUCAGAUCAGGCGACACCUAUCUGGUCGUUGCUGAAAAGUACUAUUCUAAUCUAACCACGGUUUCUUGGUUGAGCCAGUUGAACAGCUAUCCUCCUACUAAUAUACCUGAUACCGGUAUACUUAACGUGACGGUCAAUUGCUCGUGUGGAAAUAGUCAAAUUUCUAAGGAUUAUGGUUUGUUUAUCACAUAUCCGCUUCGGCCUGAGGAUUCGUUGGAGUCUAUUGCUAAUCAGACUAGUAUUCGUGCUGAUUUGCUUCAGAGUUAUAAUCCUGGUGUUAAUUUUAGCCGAGGAAGUGGCUUGGUUUAUAUUCCUGGACAAGAUUUAAAUAAUAGCUACCGGCCCCUGACUUCAAGCACAGGAAUAUCAGGUGGAGCUAUUGCUGGAAUUUGCAUUGCUGCUGCGGCUGUGGUGGUGUUGGUUGCAGUUUGUAUGUACUUUGGACUUUACAGAAAGAAGAAGGUGAAGGGGGCAUUGCUGUCUCAAGAUAUCUCUGCUCAUGCAUUACAAGGUCCUGGAAGUAACUCAGACAAGCCUGUGGAAUCAACUGGUUUGGCACCAUCUCCAGGCCUUACGGGCAUAACCGUGGACAAGUCAGUCGAGUUUUCAUAUGAAGAACUUGCCCUGGCUACUGAUAACUUCAGUUUGGCUAAUAAGAUUGGCCAAGGUGGCUUUGGGUCUGUAUACUAUGCAGAACUUAGAGGCGAGAAAGCUGCAAUCAAGAAGAUGGACAUGCAAGCUUCAAAAGAAUUUUUUGCUGAACUAAAGGUUCUAACACAUGUUCAUCACUUGAAUCUGGUGCGACUGAUUGGAUAUUGUGUUGAGGGUUCUCUUUUCCUAGUUUAUGAAUACAUUGAGAAUGGAAACUUAAGCCAACAUUUGCAUGGCUCUGGGAGGGAUCCAUUGCCAUGGUCUACUAGGGUGCAAAUUGCCCUUGAUUCAGCCAGAGGACUUGAAUAUAUCCACGAGCACACUGUUCCUGUUUAUAUUCAUCGUGAUAUUAAGUCAGCAAACAUAUUGAUCGACAAGAAUUUCCGUGGAAAGGUUGCAGAUUUUGGUUUGACUAAGCUCACUGAGGUUGGAAGUGCAUCCCUUCCCACACGUCUUGUGGGUACAUUUGGAUACAUGCCACCAGAGUACGCUCAAUAUGGCGAUGUUUCUCCGAAAGUCGAUGUCUAUGCCCUUGGGGUUGUCCUUUAUGAACUUAUAUCUGCCAAGGAAGCUAUCGUCAAGGGAAACAGUUCUAGUGCUGAAUCAAGGGGCCUUGUUGCUUUGUUUGAGGAUGUUCUUAAUCAGCCUGAUCCUAAAGAAGAUGUUCGCAAAUUGGUUGACCCUAGGCUAGGAGAUAACUAUCCGCUUGAUUCAGUCCGAAAAAUGGCACAGCUUGCCAAGGCAUGCACACAAGAGAAUCCUCAACUACGUCCAAGUAUGAGAUCUAUUGUUGUUGCCUUAAUGACCCUUUCAUCCUCAACGGAGGAUUGGGAUGUUGGCUCCUUCUAUGAAAAUCAAGCUCUUGUCAAUCUAAUGUCAGGAAGGUAGAGGCUAUAGUCAUCGAUCAUUUUGGAGAUUUUUCUUUUAUCUUUUAUUUUUUAAAAAAAUUCCGUGAGGAACACCUAAAAUAUGUCACUUCCAGAUAUAAAUAUAUAUAGUGCCUGUAAAUGUUUAGAUAAAAAUUAUGGAGGGAGCACAGAAUGAUAUUUAACCAUUUUGUUGAAUGCACAUAAAUAAUUCCUUUGGGAAUAAUGAAGCAUGAAAUUUGUAUAAUUAUGAAUUGGGUUUGGACAGUGGAAGGAAAGUAAUUGUUACUUGAAUAUUAUACUGCUUAAAUGCCUGCAUUUGAUGCCAA